AUGAGAGAAGAGGAUUUCUCUGAAUUUUCAUCAAUAUAUGCUGAAACAGAAAAAAUGUGUCAAGAAAAUAACAUAGACUUAGCAAGCAAUGAAGAAAUAAGGAAAAAAUCUAGAAGAAAAAUUCCAAAAAAAUUUGAAAAGUACAUUGUUGACCAAACGAUACAAGACAUACAAUUAAAUUCAAAAGAUGACUUUAGGAUCCAUAUAUUUUUCCCAGCUAUCGAUCUCAUAAUUUCUGAACUCGAAAAUCGUUUUGGCCGGACGAAACACAUUAUUGCUGCUGUUGCAGCUUUACAUCCUAGCAAUACUUUAUUUUUAAAUUUUGACGCCUUAACUCCUUUAGCCACUUUUUAUCGAAGUAAUUUGGAUUUGUUGAAAUCAGAACUUAUGAUACUUCCAACGGCGUUGACAAGGUAUGAAAAUGAAAAAAACGUGAAAAUCACGACAAUAAUGGAACUUUUAGACAUGUUAAAAAUUUAUAAAAUUGCAUUUAUUGAAACUUACAAACUAGCGGUUAUUAGUGCUACAAUUCCAGUAUCCAGUGCUGCAUGUGAACGUACUUUUUCCACUUUAAAACGUUUAAAAACAUGUGUGCGUAAUUCUAUGACCAAUGAAAGACUAAUUCAUCUUGCUGUGAUCAACGUCGAAUCUGCCGUGGCAAAAUCUCUAAACAUCGAAGAUAUUGUUAAAGAAUUCGAUGCUGCUCACAACAAUCGUCGAAUAUUACUUCAUUAG